ACUUCCUGUUCGACUUUUGGAACGUCAGCUCGGCUGCCCGACUUGUUUCUGUGAGUGAACAAGCCAGUUUUAUCUUGUUUGGAGCAAUGCUGAAAUUCCAAGAGACUGCUAAGUGUGGACCCACAGCCAUUCCUGUGUACCCACCCACUGUGAUUGCAAGAAGAUACGUUCUCCAACAGAAGCUUGGCAGCGGGAGUUUUGGAACUGUCUAUCUGGUGUCAGACAAGAAAGCCAAGCUUGGAGAGGAACUAAAAGUACUGAAGGAAAUCUCUGUUGGAGAAUUAAAUCCAAAUGAAACUGUGCAGGCCAGUAUGGAAGCCCAGCUCCUCUCCAAGCUAAACCACCCGGCCAUCGUCAGGUUCCACGCAAGCUUCAUGGAGCAGGAUACAUUUUGCAUUAUCACGGAAUACUGUGAGGGCAAGCAAGAAACUGACAGCCUUUUGAACAAAAUAGAAGAAAAAAGUGAAAGAACUGAAAACGAUGUGUGCACAUGGGUGGGUACAGUGGAGAUCCAGAAUUAUGUUAUUUUAUUUCAGGGCCGAGAUCUGGACUAUAAAAUCCAGGAAUAUAAAGAAGCUGGGAAAAUCUUUCCUGAAAAUCAGAUAGUGGAAUGGUUUAUCCAAUUGCUGCUUGGAGUUGAUUAUAUGCAUGAGAGGAGGAUACUUCAUCGAGACUUGAAAUCAAAGAAUAUAUUUCUGAAAAAUAAUCUACCCAAAAUUGGGGACUUUGGAGUUUCUCGGCUGCUGAUGGGUUCAUGUGAGCUGGCUACAACUCUGACCGGGACUCCCCAUUAUAUGAGUCCGGAGGCCCUGAAGCACCAAGGCUGUGAUGCCAAGUCUGACAUCUGGUCACUGGCAUGCAUUUUAUAUGAGAUGUGUUGCAUGGAUCAUGCGUUUUCUGGCUCCAAUUUCUUGUCUGUGGUUUUGAAUAUCGUUGAAGGCAACACGCCUUCACUCCCUGACAGAUACCCACGAGAACUAAACAUCAUCAUGUCACGCAUGUUGAACAAGAGUCCCUCCCUGAGACCGUCGGCUGCAGAGAUUUUAAAAGCCCCUUACGUGGCAGAGCGCCUUCAGCACCUGAUGUAUAAACAUCCAGAGACGACACUGGAAGACAAGAGGAACUCAGCCUGUCAGAAGGAGGCUGCCCAUGCAGUUAAUGCCAUAAAGAUUACUGAAGGAAGAAGAUAUAAAGAAAAUAACAAACGGGCCAGAGAACCAAGAUCCCAGAACUUUGGGUCUGUGAGUGCCCAUGUGCUCCAGGGAAAAUCUCAUUUAGUGGGAAUGGAAAGAAAGGAGGUGCAACCUGAGGGAUGGCUUUCUUGUUCACCCCAGGAGGACUGCGGAGAAAGACAAGCAGGCGGGGAAGAGGAAUUAGAUGAACUGACUCUGGAGAGCCUGUCUCAGCCUCAGUCCCUUCCUUGCCUGAACCUCGAUGAACUUGAGCCCAGUUUAGAAGGCACCAUUGUUGACCUCGGACAUUAUGAGAUCCCAGAAGACCCGCUUGUUGCUGAACAAUAUUAUGCUGAUGUAUUUGAUUCCUGUUCUGAAGACAGUGGGGAGCAGGAGGAAGAAAUGGCGUUUUCAGAAGCAGGGGGAGACAUGAGAGAGGAGGGAUCCCCACCUGCAUACAGAGCAAACCAACAGGACAGCGAUACAGAUGCGCUGGUUGGGUGUUUGGAACAUGUCCUGGGUUACACCUCUCUAGACACAAAGACCAACACCAGUGCAGUGGCAGAUGUGUCUCCUGGACCUACGGUUUUCAACAGUGCAAUGGCUAGGACCAAGGUGAAGCGCAUGAAGGAAUCAGCUGUACAGAAGCUAGGAACGGAAACGUUUGAGGAGGUCUAUGGUUACCUCAAGAGAGCAAGGCAUCAGAAUUGCAGAGAAGCAGAGAUCUGGCAGCAUCUGGAGACCGUGGUUCCUCUGGCCAGUGACUGCUUUGAAGUUGACCAGCUCCUCUAUUUCGAGGAGUUGCUGCUGACCAUGGAAGGAAAAGAGUCCACUCUCCAGAGCCCGCACUGGGAAGCCUGCCGAAAGAAGCCGGUCAAGAGCACACAUUUCUGUGACGAUUCAUGAAGUUUACACUCUAGGCUAUAUCGUGGGAAACUAGUGCGUAACUGGAGCCACUACCCUCCCUUGUGCUCCUGGUCAGAUGUAAGGGUAUCUGUGGAGAGGCCUGGCUGGCUGCCUGGGCUUAGAGUCACAGGUCAAGGUCACGGAUGAAGUCUGGCAUCCUGAAUGGCUUUCCCUCAGAUGUGCAGUCCUCGGGGUUUCCAAUAGGAUGGGAGCACUCUGAAGACACAAGAAUUCUGUACUCUGUCCAUCCAGGGCAAGCCCGGUGCCUGACCACUUGUGAGCUCCAGGAAGAAUGGCCAGCUUGUGAUGGCCACGGGGCACCAGCCUGGCCAAUGGCCUGUUCAUCUCCAAUGAUGUAGUUUUGAUCGACACUUUCUUCUAUGACUAACAUGCACACAGUGCAUAUAUUUAAGCCUGGAUUGAAAAUCCCCAAAGUGUCUCCCUUCUGUGAUUUAUUUCCAACAUUCACUUAUGAAGCAUUAAAGGCUUGAUUCAGAAUAAA